ACUUGAUAAUUCCAUCUCCUCUUCCGUCCUCCAAGUUUUUGUGGAAUUCGUAAUUUUCUUUAGAUGGCAACAGUGACAAGCCAUCUGGUGCUUCUAUCUCUGUCUCUUUUUUAUGCUUAAGUAUCGUUCAAAUUAUGCAUAGUGUAGUAAUGUUAAAGUAGAUACUGAGAAACCCCCAAAAGUAUUAUCCUUCGAUGACUCAUUUUGGAAUCGGAAUAGAAGCUAUGAAUAGAUGCUGCGUUGUUUGCGUCAUUAGUUUAAGUGUGAGAUCUGAGGCUGCUGCUUGCAUUGGAGCUAGACAAACUUGAACAUUAUCUGCCGCCUGCCUCAAAAAUACUGAGUUGUCCGUCAGACAGACUGAAAGCUGUCAGAAUGCCCGUUAUAAGGUUGCCUAACAGCCUAGUCAGUAGUCUCAGUGGUCUAAAGUGUGUGAAUAAUGUUAAUUGAGCAUGUUUUAACGCACAAGAACAGCCAAUGACAGCAAAUGCACACUUUCAAAACUUAUGGAAUUUCCCCUAUAUGCACUUUCAUACCUUAUGAAAUUCAUCCCAUAAACACACAUAACAAAUACACAUAUGAUAAUUAACCUUACCGUGACAAUUACAUGUUGUAACCUACCUUAUUGCAGUUGACGUGUGGCACUGUGCUGAAGAGAAAGAUCCAGGGCUUUAAAUAAAUGCCUAAAAACCCUCCCCCUGAAAGGCGUGGGAUGGUAUGCUGGUACUCUUGAUAAUGAAACUGCAGUAUUAUAAUGUCGAAAGCCUACUAUAGAGCAGCUGCCUUUUGCAUAGCCUAUCACAAGAUUUUCCGAUCUUUCUAACACUUUUGUUUUGUGGAAACCAUGAUGCAAUUAUACACCUAUGGGCAGCGGGAUGUCACCAGUGCCAUUGUCUCGCCCCUGAGAGACGGCUUGUCUUCAUUCAACAGCCUUUAUGAUGCCCUUCUCUGUGUGGAUCUUACCUCUCUUGACGGGCUUGGUUCAUCCAUUAGAAAUCUGAUAGUGAAGACAGAGCAGGACAUGAAGAAGACUGUGCAGAAUGCAGAGAGGAGUCUGAGAGAACUGGACCAGAACACAGAGAACCUCAUGCUACAACAACACCAAUCUGAUGAAAAGCGAAAACAAUGUCAACUGCAUUUGGACAAUCUAGAAACUAAGCUAGAAGGAGAGAAUAAUCUCCUGAACAAUGCUGAGGAUGCACUGAAACAAGCCAAUAAACAUCUACAAACAAAAAAGGAUGAACUUCAAAGACAGCAUAACAGAGAAAAAACUGCAGCCAUUGUGACGGGUGUCGGUUUAGGAUUGACGAUCAUCCCAGUUGUUGGAUGGGUAGCUGGCCCUAUCAUAGCAAUUGGUGGUGCUAUAGAAUUGGACGAAGCUGAAAAGGCUAUUCGUGAUGCUAAAGAAGAGGUAGCUGAAGAAAAGUCUCGGAUCACCACUUACUCUGAUAGGAUCUCUGAUUAUCAGUCCAAAAUCAAGGAGAGAGAACGUCAGAUCAGACAGACAGAUGAGGACCUAAAUCGCAUCAGACAGAAACUCUCUGAGAUUCAAUGCCAGAGAGAGGCCAUGGCAAAGUUCCAGCAGAAGAUGAGAAGUGCUGUCCACCUCCUGGGCCAUCUGAAUGGGCCAGCUCAUGUACUGGAACUCCAGACUCGACGCUCCAUCCUCCUGGAGCCUGUGACAAGGGUGAUGGAGGAGCUGGUGAAGGUGGCUUGUGAAAUUCCAGGGAAUCAGAUCCUCAGGGAUGAGGUUGUGAUGAGUCUGGUACGAGCCGUGAGAGAGAAAGAGCAGAGAUUAGCAGCUAUAUGUGCUUCACACAACAGCUCAGCUCUGGAAAGAUAUAUGUGAGUGAAAACUAUAUAUUAUUGCCUCUUUGUGUACAGUAAUCACUCUUUCAAUAAAAGUAAAAUCAUAUAGCCUAAAUAGAAUAUAUAUAUAUAUAUAUAUAUACAGUCAUGGUUGAAAUUGUUGGCACCCCAUGCUAAAGUUGACUAAAAAGAGGAAUAUAAAAUCAUCUUUUGGAAAUUGAUUUUAAUGGUUUAAGUAAUAAAAUUAGGAAAAAUCCAACCUUUAAGGACACCAAUUUUCUGUGUGAAUAAAUAAUGUAUCAUGAAUAAAUAAAUGUUCUUCACAAAAUACUGGGGUCAAAAAUAUUGCCACCCCUAUGUAAACCUAUGGGAAUUUAACACAUAGGUUUAACAUAGGGUCAGGCCGUUUUUUAUUUUUAAAGGCCACUUAUUUCAUGGAUUUAGGAUACGAUACAUCCCGAUAAAGUUCCUUUGACCUUUGGAACUAAAAUAGCCGCACACCAUCACACACCCUUCACCAUACCUAGAGAUAAGCAUGGUGUUUUGUUUGGUUUUGUUCAGUUAGCCUAUUAGUUGGGUUUGAUUGGCAUUGAGCUCAUGAGCAUCAAACAGGCUAAUAGGCUAACUGAACAAAACUGAACAAAACACCAUGCAUGGUGAAGGGUGU